GCUCUGCGGGCGGUGGAGGCGCUAGAUGGCUGCGGCCUCUCUGCGUCCCCUCUCGGGCUGGUGUUGAGGGGGGCCGCUGGCCCGGUCCGCCGCACUCCCUCGGGUCCGCUCUGGGCUAGUGCCGGCGGCGGCGGUGGAGGCGAAUCUGCCGAGCUCGUUCCGCCGCUAGCGCGGUUUGGGCGGUUGUCAGGGAGAAGCAAGAUGGCGGCCGCGGCGGCGGAGGAGGACACGGAGCUGCGGGACCUGCUGGUGCAGACGCUGGAGAGCAGCGGGGUGCUCAAUAAGAUUAAGGCAGAGUUACGAGCAGCUGUGUUUUUGGCAUUAGAAGAACAAGAGAAAGUAGAGAACAAAACACCUCUGGUAAAUGAAAGCUUGAAAACUUUUUUAGGUACAAAAGAUGGUCGCUUGGUAGCAGGUCUUGUUGCGGAAUUUCUGCGGUUUUUCAAUCUUGAUUUUACACUGGCUGUUUUUCAGCCUGAAUCAAGCACACUAAAUGGCCUUGAUGGUCGAGAAAACUUAGCUCGAGAUUUGGGAAUUACAGAAGCAGAAGGUACUGUGGGUGGUCCCCUGUUGUUGGAGGUUGUUAGGAAGUGUCAGCAGAAAAAGAUUUCAGGCAGUGGAGAAGUGGCUCCAGUUCUAAGUGAUAACCAGUGCCCCACAUCAAAAUCGUCUGAUGGAAGGUCAAGUACACGUUCUAUACCAAAUAAGGCUGCUGAAAACACUCAGAGUGAUACCAGUGUCUCAUCAGGGGAAGCAAGCAAAAGAAGCAUUCAUUUUCUGCCUAAUGAAGCAAAACUAGAUCCUCAACUAGAAAACAAAGACUUGAAUACCAAAGAAAAAAGUGAUGCAGUUGUGGAUGAAGAUGAUGAAGAAGGAGACUCUUUCUUUGAUGAUCCUAUACCCAAACCAGAAAGAACUUAUGGCUGGUCCCCUGAUAAAAAUAGUGAUGCUGAUGAAGGUGCAGGAGCUCUGUCUGUGGGAGAAGACAGGAGGAAGUCUUUGCAUGGGAAAACUGAAGCCAGUAAAGCAGGAGGUCUAGCAUCCCUUUCUGAUGCACCGCCUCUAAAAAGUGGGUUAAGCUCCCUGACUGGUGCACCUUUGAUAAAGGAGUCUGAUAAUUUGAAUAAAAACUCUGUUUUGAAAGACCUGCGGUUGGUGAAUGCAAAAUUGGGAUCACUAGAAUUAGGAAACGGAGAUGAUGAUGAAUAUGCUGAUGACUUCAACAGUACUAGUCACCGCUCAGAAAAAAGUGAUAUCAGUAUCGGAGAAGAAAUAGAUGAAAUUUCUGUGGGAACAGAAGAGUCAAAUGCCAGUGAUAAACUCGAAAGCAUCACACAAGACCUUACCAUUUCUCAGUUAAGUGACGUUGCAGAUUAUCUGGAAGACGUGGCAUAGAAUUGGACAACAAAAAAUCUUUCAUUGUGCUGGACUAGAAGACUGCUGUGGACUGUUAAUUUCAGACAAUCACUUUUUGCUGGAAUGUCCACUCCCUACUCUUGUGCCUUGUGUUUCAAAAGACUGUAGGUGGAGAAGGCAUUUAAAUAUUCUUUACAAGAACUAAAUGAAAUAAUGUGUUCCCAUUUGAGUCUGAUAUCAGAAUUACUUUCUUCAUUUGGUUCAGCCAAACCUUUUACAGCAGGAGGUGGAUUUUCCAAGCCGAAUGUCCAUUGCUGGCAGUGGGCAUAAUAAAAACCAGUUGAUAGGAGAACAUCAAGAAAGAGGCAUGUGGCUUUAUAGUGAACUUGCACUGUUAUUUUAACAGUCCGUUUUUGGUUUUGUUUUGUUUUUUUUUUAAAGAUAACCAAAGCAAGAACCUUCAAAGGUACUGGUUCAACUUACACAUCUUUUAACACAAUUUUAUCAAGUCAGCAUGUAGUACAUAUUUAUGGUAACUCUAGCCACAAUACCUAAUUACUCCGGACUUACUUGAAACUGCUCUUUUACAGACUCUUCUGAAAGUUGGACUUUAACUUUUGUAAAGGCAUAUCAAAUUGAGAGUAUCUAAACUCUUAAAUCUAAAUUUAGCCAUAUUUAGGAGCUAAAUUUAGCACUAGACUUAACUCAGAAUAUUCUUGUUUAAAUGUUUGUCAGACCAUUGAUGUAAAGAUCUAAGCUGUUUUUAUGUAUGAUAAUUUCAUCAAUGUUAUCUGUUGUUAAAUCACGAAAAGUAAUUUUAUUCACAAAUCAUUAACUAAAUCUUAUUGGGUUUUCUUAAGUUUUUAAUGGGUUUUCUUAAGUUUUUAACAGUGUGGUAAUGCUUUGUGGAGCUUUUAUUAUUGAGGGCUCUUCACGUUCUGUAAGCUUACUUUCAUUCUUGAAAAUCCUUGUUAAGUAAAAAUGAGCGCCAAAAAGUGAAAUCACUUAACCCUCUGUUUUUCGGAUUCUGCUGUACAGAAUUAAAUGCAAAUAUUUAAAAAUACCAUACCGAAAACGUUACAGACACUAAGUUCUAGCUAAGAGCAAAUUCUUGUAUUUUCACGAUACUCUUGCAAAACAGGGUCAGUAAUGGAAACGUUGACAGUUCUUUAACAAUACUGUACAUGGCGCUGCUAUAAUAUAUAGGUCAUGGACAUUUGUAAUACUGAAACAAGACUUCAAAAUGUGCACUUUCUGAACAUUGUGAACACAUUUGGAAACUAGACAUGUAAGUGAAUAUAAAUAAUUUAAUUUUAACUUUUUUUCCUUUUUUUAGACUUUGUAAUUUUUUUUUCAGGAACACUGUUGGCCUGUCAUCAGUGAUCACCACAGUGGAAGUAGCAUGCUAAACUAAAGCCAUUGGUUAAGCAUAGAAAGCUGCUACUAUAACUGGAAGCUGACUUAAAUCUUUUUUUGCACUGGGCCAGCAGGCCUGGAGCAGUGCUGGGAACUUAGGCUUGUACAUUACAUAAAUGAUUUGAGAGGAGAGAAAAAGUGUGCCUUUUAUUUAUGUGCACCCCAAAAUAGCCAGCAAAAAAGCAUCAGAAUAUUUGGUCAUGCUGUUAACUUUUAACUUUGUGCCAUAUUGUAGCAGCUGAACACAGGAGAAUUUUUUUCACCAACAAAGUCCAUGUGCCAUAGACUUCAAAUAGCAACAAUGUUAUAUGAUACAACCUGUGUAAAAAAUUCCUUUAUGGAUAGGGGAACCUGUGCCUCAAGAUACUAUAUAUGAAAAGUUUGGGUUGGUAUUUUUUCUUUACUUUUUCCUUUCUUUUUUUCCUGUUUUUUUUUUCUUUCUUUUUUUUAAGAGCAACAGCAUAUCUGAAGGAAAUAAAAUUCCACAUGAACACCUGGGAACAAUUGUUUUCUGGCAUUCAUUUUUAAAGUGUGUGGAAUAAAGCAGAGGCAGUGUUGUUUGUUUUUUUUAAGUGUCUUAGAAAACACGAUGUUCCAUUACCUGUUAGCUGUAAGAUAUGUGGCAAUUUAUCAUACCAAAAGAAACAAAAAGUUUAUUAAAUUAUUUCUAAUUACAUUUGAAGAUGUGGCCUUUUCAAAAACUAAUUACAUAUUUUAAGUGUUAACAUGACUUUUGUUAGCAGAGGAGCGUGUUCUCUUACGUUGGGAGUUAAUGGCAAGCCUUGCACUUUGGCUCUAAUUAAAGGAAAUACCAAAAAGUGGUAAGUCUCCAUGCUGUUCCUCCUGUGAGCUUUUAUUGAAUUGUGUAUAAUAAUUCAAAUUGUAAAAUAAAGCUAUUAUGCUGGCUAAA